CCGAGCCCGUCCUUACCGAAGCUGAAAAGACAUCAAAAGCAAACUGAGACCUAAAGCUACCGCCGAAGUCUAGAUGCGAGAUAACCAAAACACACAGAUUGUCAAAGAGAUUAGAAGGAUGAGCUCGCAUCACAACUGAGGAAGAAGAAGAAGAAGAAGAAGAAGAUAAUGGAUUUCUCUUCACUCUAUGACCCUCUCUUCUGCCAAGAAGAUCGUUUAGAGGAAGAAGAAACAGAGCAGUAUCUUGCAUUACACGAAGCAGAGGAUGUAGAAGACGUAGAAGAUGAGGAAUGGGCGGAGGUGAUCUCCUCUCUCCUUGCCAACGAGGUGGAGACCUACCAAGAACUCUGUGUAACCGCUGGUGACACCUAUCUCUUCCAGGCGAGGAGGAAUGCUGUCGAAUGGUUGGCAAAGACGAGCGUUCAACAUGGCUUUUCUGUUCAGACGGUGCUCCUCGCUGUCAGCUACCUCGACCGCUGCUUUCUUGCUGGCGAUGGCGGCGGAUUAAGGCUACAAGAAGACAAGCCAUGGAUGGGGCGGCUCGCCGCCGUUGCUUGCCUUUCGCUUGCGGCGAAGGUUGAAGAGACGCGAGUUCCCCUGCUUCUUGAUCUCCAAGUGCCGCCUCCGGCGGCCGGUGACGAAAUGGGGUAUGUGUUCGAGAACAGGACGAUUCGACGAAUGGAGCUACUCCUGCUGUCAACACUUGGGUGGAGAAUGAAUCCCGUCACUCCUCUCACCCUCGCUAACCGUCUCCUUCACAAGAUUCCGACGGCCUCUGGCCGCCUGCCAGAAAUCUUUGGUCGCUGCGAGUCCGCUUUGUUGGCCGUUGUCGCUGAUUUGGGAUGGGUUCGGUAUCCACCGUCGGUUUGGGCAGCAGCGGCGCUGGUGUACGCGGUGAGGCUGCCGGAUGAAAUCGCCUGUGCUUCGCCGGAGAUGGAUAUUCCACUGGAUCUUCUUAAAGUUUCGAAGGAAAGAAUAGGUGGCGCCUACAAGCUCAUUCUGGGGCUCAUUAUCCCUUCCGAUUGUUUCCUCUAUGGCGUCGGCAUAAAAAGGAAGCUUUCUAAUCACAACCAAUGUGGUUCAGUACAUUCUUACUCUUCUCCUGGAAGCCCAAAUUGUCUUGUCGGUUCUUGCUUCACCUGCGAGAACUCUUCGAGCAGUGGUGAUUCAUUGGUUUCUUCUUUCCCGGAACUUCCUCCAUUCAAGAAACCAAACACAAAGCAAAUCACAGACAAUGGAGAAAGCAAGGAGCUUGUCAUUGAGCAUGGAGUCCUCCUCGCCUGAGCUUUCCUUUCAUCCUUAAAAGUUUUUGCCAAUACUCUAAACAUUCUGAUCGUUAAGGGAAAGCGAUAAUGUUUCGAUACUUUUAACAAUGAAGAAGAAACUGAACCGAAGCAUAAAUGGAUGGUCAGUGGCCUAAAGUUGCCUCCUGCUUUCUGAAAUCAUCAAUGCUGUUUCUAUUUUCUUAAUCAUCAAUGCGUAUAUAACUUCAAAUCUUCCCAAGCUGCAGAUAGUUAAUGCCUUCUAUCAUAUGGAGCUGUAUACGUCGGAAAGA